CACAGAAAAGUAAAAAAGUUGAUUCACUUCGAUGUCGCAAGAAAAUAAUAUUGAAGCGGUUAAGUCUUCUCGGCUUGGUACUGGUAACGGUCGGCGCGCUGUUCUGGAUUGCUGGCCUGUUAAGUGUUUAUCUAACGAAUACCUUUUCAGCACCCAAACCAGUUUCUUUGGAAGGAAAUUCGUUUAUUUUCACAUAUCGCAGUGAAAUUCAUUCUACCUCAUCCAACAGUAUCUCCGAUACUGUGCUAGAACCUAUUCGGAAUCUGCUGAGUAGUGUUUUUAACUUUUGGGAAUACAAGCGGAGCACAACACCAGAAACAAAGAGACAUCGAACAAGAUAAUCGAAUGUUACUAGUUGAUCACAACCAACUUGAUAAAGAAGAGGAUCAAUCAAACGAACAUGGUUUCGUUGCUGUAUCUCCCGAAGUGGUUACUCAAUCGAAACGUACCUUACGAAUUUUGUAUGCUCCUUUAGAAAAUGAACAAACUCAACACAAUGAUAUUAUUCGAUCAUUGAAACGGCGAAAACGACGGUCCUUACGCGAUAAACGUUACGCUUCAGCUAUCAAAGAGUUAGAAAAUGAGUACAGCCGAUGCAAAAAGGAAAUUCCCAAAGAAAGAGACUGUGAGAAAAUUUAUGAAAAGUUGAAAAAGCUCUCCGAAGGCAUCAACAAGAAUUUCAUUGCUAUGAGCAAUCUGAUUCAUGACUUUCAAGAUAAGCAAUCUGCUGAUCUGGCAAAAGAACUCAGUGACAGCUUUCCAAAGAAAGAUCACAAGAAAUACAAGGAAGAUCAAGAUUCAGAUGAAAACGGUGAGAGAAAAACUAUGAAAAAAGAUAAACCGGAUGUAGCGCAACCGUCAAAUUGGCCAACAGUUCAUGCAAUGCCAUCAAAUAUGCAGCUAGUCACUGAAAUUAUGGGCACUACCACAAGUCUUCCGUCAUCUCAGCAAAAAGGUAAUAGCACACUUCAAGUAAACAACGCAACGCACCGUGCCGAUGUACAAACAUUGGAUGAUUUAAUCCAAUCUAUUAAAUCAACCUUCAUGAAUGAUUCUAAACAGUCGGAACAUUUCAAUCCAGCUUACCACAAUCCGGUAACAGUUGAUUGCGUCAAAAAUCUAGAUCAACUGCUUGAAACGUUGGAAGAGUUCAAAACCGGGAACGUUACAAAUAAGAAUUGUACAAAAACCAAUCAUUCAUCAACACCUGCUCCCGGUGAUUUUAGAUUUGCCAAGCCAAGCCAUUCAACAAAUUCACCGUAUAAAGCAGAAGACCAUCGACCGCAUGUCGACGAAUGCAUUCAAACGUUGGACGACUUGAUGGAUACCGCUCUUUUCAAAAAGUCUCGUAAAUGCAGUCCCAAAGCACCAUCCAGUCCGCAGAGAAACAUCCCGGAUACGACCAUCGAUACUCUACAUAGCCAAUUCGGGCAACCCGCGCACCCGAUUCACGAGGAGCUGGGCGAUCACUCGACGGAACCACAGGACAUUCAUGACUUCAUUAUGGCACGUUCCCGCAACCGUCAUCAAUAUAAUCACGAUUAUGUGGAUCAUAGAUUUCCAACCACGAUUGAAGCACCGGACAGUCGCACAACAAAGCAGAUGGCCACGUUAGGAGCGAGUGGACCAUUUCUGGAACUUUGCAAUCAAUUCCGCAACCAACCCAACCAGCAGGGACCUCUCAAGACGGUUUCAAGCAAUCAUCACAACUUCCAGGCUCAACAGUUUGGUCCAGGUGGAUUUGGGCAACCGAAUAUACCCAUAACUGGUGAAACGCUGAAGGCAUCUUCUCACGUGUCUUUCAAUUCGGCUUACGGAGGGUUUGUUCCCAAUCACUUUUGCUUUUACCAAAUGCCUCAGCAAUAUGGAGCUGUGAGACCAGGGUACGGUGGAGUUCAAACUAAUCCUGGCGGACAACUCAAAAAAUAUCCACCUUAUCUAGUGAAUGAUCCUAAUAUUGAUGGUCUCAUUGAGCCACGUUCUCACGAGAAAGGCAUAAUCAACGUUCCAGUCAACAUCCACAAUAUCCCGGGCCAACGGUCUGCUGGAGAAAUACCACCUGGUUCCCAGCUGAUUUGUAACAUUGUACCAGCAAAGGCGACUACUGAAAGUUACCAGUCACGAGCGAUCAGUCAGCCAACUCCAAACGAUGACGGCAUUGAGCCGAGAAUUACGAGCGGAAAUGUUUCAGCGGGAACCGAACCGACACCACAUCAAGACUCGCUACGAGCUCACGGAAACCGACGACGCCACUGUGUACGUGGCUGGAUUCCCUGCGCAAAUGGACAACAGUGCAUCCGGAACACAGAGUGGUGUGACUAAACCGACUGUCUGGAUGGAAGUGAUGAGAGUCAUUGCUCUUGUCUGUCGCGCAUUUCGGAGAAACGACUUUGCGACGGUUAUGCCGAUUGCCCUCUCGGGGAGGAUGAAAUGGGAUGCUUUGGAUGUGACAAAUUUUCCUUCUCGUGCUUCAGCAACGCUGCGGAACAUGAUGCUGCGCACAAGUCCGGGGCGAUGUGUUUCACAGCUAUUGAAAAGUGCGACGGGUUUGACAACUGCCUGAACAGAAAAGACGAGCACGAUUGUACCAUGCUGGUGAAGGAUUUAGGUAGUCCGUUGGCUUUUGCAGUCGGACACAGCCACGGUAUUUUGCACCGAAAUCAUAAAGGAAAAUGGUAUCCCGUUUGCCACAAUCCCACCGUGUUAGCUCGGGAUGCAUGCGAGUCUGAAAUUGGCCCAAUCGAUCACGAUCCACAAAUAACCCAACGCCAAGGUCAUCUGCCGGGGCCAUUCAUCCAACCGAGUUUGCAAAGUCCGCACGUGUUCCAUCCCGAGUUUCUUGAAACGUGCAAUGGGUUCUUCACCUACGUAGUUUGUCCACAGCCCAAGUGUGGCACCACCAAGUUGAACGAGUUCCCUAGUGCACGCAUCAAGAUUCGUAACAAACGUGCCAACCCUGAUGAAGUCGUGGAAAGUACCCGAAUUGUGGGUGGGUCAUACUCCGAACCCUCCGCUUUCCCAUUCAUCGUGGCCAUUUUCCGAGACGGUAGAUUCCACUGCGGCGGUAGCAUCUUCAAUGAACAUUGGAUAAUAUCAGCGGCACAUUGCUGCGACAACUACCACAAGCAUUACUACGAACUUCGAGCUGGAAUGCUACGGAAGCACAGCUACGCCGCUCACGUGCAAGUGUCGCUAGUGACGCAUGUGAUCGUUCAUCAAGGUUACAGCACUGAGAAGAUGAUCAACGACAUCAGUCUAAUGCGCUCAGAUCGUCCGUUCGGCUUUAACCGAUGGGUUCGGCCGAUCUGCCUACCGGACAGACAUCGAACAACCAACGAUCGCGACUGGAAGUGGGGACCAAAACCGGGAACACUUUGCACGGCCAUUGGAUGGGGAGCAGUCAGAGAACAUGGGGGGGCACCUGACCACCUCAAGCAAGUAACGGUUCCAAUUUUAAGCUAUUGCAAACACAAGUCAGAUCGAGAAGGACUAGAAAUUUGCGCUGCAGAGGAAGACGGCGGCCAGGAUGCUUGUCAGGGUGACUCUGGUGGACCGUUCGUGUGUGUAAGCAUUACGAAUCCACACGAAUGGUAUUUGGCCGGUGUAGUGAGCCACGGAGAAGGAUGUGCAAGAGCAAACGAACCGGGUGUCUACACAAGAGUGUCACUGUACAUCGAAUGGAUUCACCAAAAGUUCAUGAACCUCCCCCACAUGACUGCCCGUCUUACAUGUCCCGGAUUCCACUGUACUUGGGGUUCUCCAGUUUGCCUGCCAGUCGAAAAAAGAUGCAACGGAGUUGUAAAUUGCCUGGGUGGAGAAGAUGAGCUUCACUGCCCGUUAGAUCAAAUGACUGGUAUUUUUUUGAACCGUACUACUACGGAAAGUGCAGCAAAUGCUACAACUUCUGUCCCAACCACAUCGAAAAGUUCAACCACAAACCCUGCAACAGCAAGGGCAGAAGAACCAGUGGCACAAUUGUCAGCGAUUGCAUCAAGCGACAUUAUUGUUUCACCAGUUGAUGAUAGUACACCGAAUUCGGAGGUCAAUGGACAGACCACAACUUACAAAUCAACACUUACAAAUACCACCAGUCGCAGUGUUACGACGGUACAACAAACGACUUUACCGACCACUACCGGCAAAAGUGCCACGUCUGUCAAUCACACAACUGUAAGUGAUACAUCAAUACAUACAUCAACCAUUCGUACAAGAGAAGCUACAGAAGCAGUAAUAGGAGUUGCUAAAAAUCUAUCAACGACUGAAUCUACCAGUUCAACUGCAUCUACUACAGUUGCAGACACAACUCCAGUUACCGAACCUGUGUGGAUUCAGGUGAACAAAACAUUGACAAAUUUACAUCCUCAUGUGCCGUCAAGCCGCCUGACCAACGAGAACACAACUGAAGAGUCGGUACAAUCACCAUUGGAUGAACAAGAUCAAGAACAGUUCACCACGGAAGCAACUCUCGAAACGACGAUUCAACCUCUUCAGGAAAUUAAUGCAACACCCCACACAUUGGAAGCUCAACCCAUUGAACCCAUCCAUCACGGCCACGAUCUAGAACAGAGUGAAACGCAAAUCCGAGAAUCGACUGGAAUCGAACAACUACAUCCAUUUUUCGGACAGCUGGUGGACAUGCACGAGGCCAGGCAUCGACGCUUGAAUCAGUUCCGGCUGUCGGCAAACAAUUUGCACACGUCUUUGAAAAACUAUUCAAACCUCAACGAAACAUAUCGUUACAAGCGCUUCAGUUGUAAAAACAUUCAUCAAACCAUAAAUUUGGCCCAUUACUGUGAUCGAGUCAUCGACUGUGAGGACGGAACAGAUGAGAUGAAUUGUACAUGCCGAGACUAUUUGCAGAACAAGUACAACUUUUUGAUCUGUGACGGAAAGACGGACUGUCUAGAUCAAACCGAUGAAAAAGAUUGCUUUUCUUGCCUAGCCGGACAAUAUUCGUGUAGAAUGAGUAAAAUGUGCAUCGAUGAGAGACAGUAUUGCGACGAUAGCCCACACUGCCCUCUCCACGAAGAUGAACUGGAUUGUCUUGCACUGACCAACGGCCGCCGAGUUAUUUUCGAUGCGAACGGACUUUCAAUGUUUAACCAUGAAGGAUUUGUUACGAAAAAUACAAAAGGCGUAUGGAAUGUGAUGUGUGGAAUAGAGAUCACGAACAAAACAGCCGAAGCAGUUGGGAAGAUUUGUUCAAUACUUGGAUUUGCCGGAUACUUAAACUACUCCAACGUAAUACUGGGUGACACCGAGACUGAUUUAUCAUUCGAUACGAAUUCUCUUCUGAUCAAGUCUUACCAAAACGUGUCCUCGGAGCCAAACUGCAAGGCACUGCGAAUCGUUUGCGUUCCGUACAUCAACGCUACCGAACACGAAAUUAGCCACUUUGAAAAUCAGCACAAAGAGCUUCCAGUACAGAUCAACAUUCAUCCAAAGAAUCCCAUCGAAAAUCCGCAUUUACAUCCGCAUAUUACGUUCCAUGAAAAUGCACACAUUGAGAUUAUCGAGAAUUUCGGAGAUGAUUAUGACUGGCCGUGGAACGCGGACAUUUAUUUUGAAGGAUUGUUCCUGUGCAGCGCCGUUGUGAUCGACGUCAAUUGGAUUAUCGUGGACAGUUCGUGCAUGAGAUUAAUCAAUCUGAAGCACGACUAUAUCUCAGUGGUAGUCGGAGGAGCCAAAUCGUACUUGAAAAUUGCUGGACCGUACGAACAAGUUUCGCGUGUAGAUUGCUACCAUUUCUUGCCUGAAGCAAAAGUGGUAAUGCUUCAUUUGGAGAGGAAGCUGAAUUUCACUCGCCAUGUACUUCCAACGUUCAUCCCUGAAAAAAAUCACAACAUCGAAGACAAUCAGUGUCUAGCCGUUGGCCAAGAUAAGCUGGGUAGAACUCGAACUCUCAGAGUGCAUCUCAACAUGACCGACUGUACCCCAGAAAAGCAUAUUUGUUAUCAGCGUGAUCCUCAGCGUGACUACUACCAUGCAGAGCACUGCUAUUCUGAAGCUGCAACCCGUUCCGGUGUAAUCGUUUGCAAAACUAAACUUUCCGGUUGGUAUCCGGUCGGCUUCUACCAGAACAAACACGGCCUUUGUGGAUUCAACGACGUUGUUAAAAUAAUUUCAUUAAAAGAGUUUUUCGAUGACAUACAGCACGUGUUGGGCCAUCAAAAGUGUGACUAUGAAUUCAAUUCACCUCCGUGCGCGGGAACACGUUGUCGGUAUGGAAAGUGCAUCGAAAAAGCGAUGCUCUGCGAUGGCAAGCUGGACUGCAACGACGGUUCUGAUGAACUGCCGGAAUUGUGCGCUAACCACAACUCAACUAUCGCCGCGUGCCGUCCGGCUGAGUUCCGGUGCAACACCGGACAAUGUGUGGCCAAGAAUCGAUUCUGCGACGGACAUAACGACUGUGGAGACUUGUCUGAUGAACCGCACGAGUGUUCGUGUUACACGUACUUGAAAAUAACCGAUCCAUCGAAAAUCUGCGAUGGUUUCCGUAAUUGCUGGGACAAAUCGGACGAGAACCCUCGGCUGUGCAAGUGUACCACAAACAGCUUCCGAUGUGGCGAGAGUGGCACCUGCGUUCCAUUUGAUUUCGUUUGUGACGGCGAGAUCGAUUGUCCCAGCAGUGAGGAUGAAAAAUUCUGCUACGCAUUGCAACAGAAUCCAACUGAAACAAAUUACGGUGAAGUGAUGAAGCAAAGCUUUGGUAUCUGGCACUCCAAGUGCUUCCCGAAGGACGUCAGGUACGACGACCAGACAAUAAAGGAGAUUUGUGACAGCAUCGGGUACCACCGCAUCGCAAAGGUUUACGGACGCAAGAUGCUGCACGAAUCCCGACUACGAACGGCCAACAGUACUGACAAUCCGGUAGACCGGCUGCGCAAGGCGGCAACCAAGGCCGUAGUGUUGAACAAAUUUUCCAAGGUGCUGAUCAACGAGAAGCAGUCCUACUUCAUGAAGCCGAGCCGACCGAUGUUCAAGCUGGUUAACUGGGACGAGCAUGAUGAACAGAAUUGUGAUCGACUGGAAAUUAAUUGUGGAGAAUGAUUAUGGCGAUUUAACAGGAUGAAAUUAAACCAUUUUUACU